AUGGGCGGCUGUGUGACGCGCCUGCGCCGCGGAUGCCGCGGAAGCCGCGAGGGGCAGCUGCUGCAGGAGGACUCCAGUGUCCACCUAUCCGGUGAGGUGCACAUCCUAUUGCGAGGCUUGGCCGGGCAGGAGCUGCAGCUGACGCUGCCCUCGAGCGCGCGGGUGCAAGAGCUACGGGAGGCGGUGCGCCAGCAGUGGCGUAUACCGCUGCUGAUGCAGAGUUUCAUCCGCGGUGAUGACGUGGUGGCGAGCGCUGGGGUUCAGCCGCUGGGAGCGGCGCUGGAGCUGCCGGAGGGCGGCCAGGUGGAGCUGACGUGCGUUGGUGGAGCUCUGCCAGAAGAAGAGCAGGCAAAGGUUGAUGGCAGGUUGCUCUACGCGACUGCCGCAGGUGACCAUGCUGGCAUGGAGGCCGCCCUUGCUGAUGGAGCCCGGGCACGAUGCAAGGGCCACACCCCCGCGCCCUUCUUUGUGGCGCGUGCGGCGAAGGAUUCCAAGGCGGAAGGGCUGCUCAGAGACGCAGGGGCCAGCGAGUCCGAUGAUGAGGACUUCGCGAGCCUCCGGAAGGCGUUCGCUGCCAAGAGCCUCUCUGGUGCCGUGAAGUGCUUGGCGCGUGGUGCGGAUGUGAACACCUGGCUGCGCCGCGGGGAUGGCGUCAUGGACACUUCAGGUGGUACGCCGCUCCACGCCUGCUGUGCUCAGCAUGGCCAACCCGGUGCUGCUGCUGUGGUGGCCUUGCUGCUGCGUAUGCGCGCUGACAUCAAUGCUGGAGACAGCGAGGGCGACUCCCCCUUGGCGCAUGCGCGCUAUUUCGGAGCCAAGGAGAUCGAGCAGCUUCUCCGACAGCACGGGGGGCAGCUGAAGGGUCCUUACUACCAGCUCCUCGGAGCCAAAGAUUUGUCCAAGGACAAGCUGGCCCUGCAGCGGCUGCGGGAAGCGGCGGAGACCGCAAAGAUCGAGUUGUCCAGCAAAGUUCAGACCGACGUGAACUUGCCCUUCAUCACGGCGGACCAGACAGGUCCGAAGCACCUGAACAUCCAGCUCACUCGGUCGAAGCUGGAGCAGCUUGUGGACCCCUUGUUGAGCCGAACGAAGGCCCCAUGCCUCGCAUGCAACAAGGAUGCCGGCGUGAAGCCUGAUGAGAUCAACGAAGUGCUGCUGGUGGGUGGCAUGACCCGAAUGCCCAAGGUCACCGAAUUGGUGAGGUCGAUCUAUGGCAAGGAUCCCUCGAAGGCCGUGAACCCCGACGAGGCCGUGGCCAUGGGGGCGGCCAUCCAGGCCGGAGUGCUGAAGGGAGAUGUGAAGGAUGUGCUUCUAUUGGACGUCACCCCCCUGUCCUUGGGCAUCGAAACCCUUGGCGGUGUCUUCACCCGCCUCAUCAACCGAAACACGACCAUCCCGACCAAGAAGUCCCAAGUCUUCUCCACGGCUGCUGACAAUCAGACGCAGGUGGGUAUCAAGGUCUUCCAGGGCGAGCGCGAGAUGGCGGCGGACAACCAGAUGCUCGGCCAGUUCGACCUCGUUGGCAUCCCACCGGCGCCCAGAGGGGUUCCGCAGAUCGAGGUGGCCUUUGACAUCGAUGCCAAUGGCAUUGUCAAUGUCAGUGCCUCCGACAAGGGCACCGGCAAGAAGCAGGCCAUCACCAUCCGAUCCAGCGGCGGUUUGUCCGACGCGGAGGUGGAGAAGAUGGUGCAGGAGGCAGAACAGAUGAGGGAGCAAGACCAGAGGAAGAAGGACACUGUGCAGGCAAAGAAUGAGGCAGAGACUCUCGCCUAUCAGGCCGAGAAGCAGCUGACUGAGCAGAAGGACAAGAUGAGCACAGCAGAUGCCGACGAGCUCAAGAAGCUGAUGGAGGACCUCCGGGCCGCCAUCCACAAGGAUGACGCAGAUCUGGAUGAGAUCAAGCAGAAGCACAAG